AUGCAGUGCCCACUCCGCGUCGCACACCCUACCAGGCACUGGCCCACUACAAGGCCCAUUGUGGCUCAACCGCCGUUUUUGUCUCUCCUCGCCGUCCUGGCAGUGGAGAACGGUGCUGGCACUCCACGACAGCAAGCCACAGAUCGCGAGAGAGCAGGAGCCAAGAUUGGCGCCCUCUAA